AUGGCGUGGCAGAGCGGCGCGGCGGCCGGUGUGCUCGCUUCCCUCGCCGCGGCCGGCCUACUCAGAGGCUCGGCUGGACAGCCGGUGCGCGACGAGGCGGAGGAGCAGCAGCAGCAGCAGCUUGCAUGCUGGCUGAGCGCCUCGCUCACCGCGUUCGAGGCGUCCCUCGCGCUGGAGCAGGCGACGGAGCGAGGCGACGUGGCGCGGAUGGAGGCGCUCCUGCAGCAGGGCAGCGCGCGGGUGGACGUGCCGUUGCUCGACUGGCCUCCGUCCGGCGACACGUGCCUGCACGUCGCGGCUGGCCGAGGACACGCGGCGGCGGUGGUACUGCUCCUCGAGCGGCAGGCGCAGGCCGACGCGCCGAACUACGAGGGCGCGUCCGCGCUGCACAGGGCGGCCGCCGCCGGCAGUGCGGAGACCGCGUCGCUGCUCCUCGGCGCCGGCGCAGCCGUGGGGGCAGCCACGAGCAGCGGGGCGACGGCGCUGCACCUGGCUGCUGGCGUGGGUCGGCUGGGCGUCGUGAAGCUCCUCCUUGCCCGAGGCGCCGACGCGCAGUCGAUGGACCGGGACGGCUCCACGCCGCUCGAAGACGCACACCGCGCCACCUCCGACCCAUGCUGCGGCGGCGACGCGCCGGGCAUGCAUUUCAGCGGCGUCAUCUCGCUCCUCGAGACGCUGCGCAAGAUGCCGGCCGACGCACGCCGCGCGGCGGCGGCGCGCUCGUGGGAGCUGCACGCCGCCUCGGCGCUGCAGGACGCCGCCACCAGCGGCAACCUCUCUUCGCUCGCCCUCCUGCUCGCCAGCUACUCGGCCGACGUGGACGCCGUAGACUACGACGGGACGACGGCGCUGCACGCCGCCGCCGAGGCCGAGGCAGAGGCCACCGUUUCGCUCGCGCUGCUGCUCAGCGCCGGCGCCGACGUUGGCGCCGCCGACCCCUACGGCAACACGCCGCUGCACGCCGCCGCUCGCUCGGGCGCCGUCGAGGCGGCGGAGAUGCUCCUCUCGAGCGGCGCGGACUGGCGCGUCGCCAACGUCGCCGGGAGGCGCGCGGUCGACGUGGCGCGGGCCGGCGGGCACGAGGGCGUGGUGGCGCUGCUGGAGAGGGAGGCGGCCGCGCCAGCCGCUGCACGAGACGGCGGCCGCGCGGCGCGGGUCGCGGCGGAGGCGGCGGCCAGCCUGCGGGCCGUCGGAGGGGCGCAGAGGGAGGGGUCGCCCGCCUCCGCCGGCCCCUACCUGAUGCGGGCGCCAAGCGGCGGCGGCGGCCACGACGACGAGGCGUUGCGGCAGCCGAUCUCGGUGUCCGGCUCGCAGCGACCGGUAGACUGGAUCGUGUCCGAGGUUGAGGGGCUCCGAAUCUUCGAGCCGGCCAGGUGA